AUGGAAGAGGUGGUGGUCGUAGAAGGGCCCUCAUCCGGUUACGUCGUCAAAAAUCGACCAUAUCUUCUGAGCUGCAAGGCGUUGAACGCGAAGAAGAUUCGAUUCAAAUGCAACUCAAAAUGGAUCGACGAAUCGCGAAUCGAGAACAAGCUCGGCACCGACCCAUCCACCCAAAUGGCAUUUAUGGAAGGCAGUGUAGAGAUUUCAAGAGCCGAAGUCGAAGCCGGGUUCCCGAUGGAGGAUUUUUCGUGUCAGUGCUACGCGAGCAGAACCUCCGACUCGGACGUCGUCCGGUCGAAUCCGGCACGCGUCAAGCCGGCAUCACCACCCCGCAUCCGUAAGAUCCAUGCCCGCAGGCCAUCCCACUUCCCAGCCCUCCAAAUGCCCGAAUCGCCGUUUUUGGCACCCAAUCAUCGAUCAGAU